AUGAAUCCCAUGAAUCUAGAUAGCAAGUCUGAUUUGUUAAGACCCGUCGUCGUCGUUGUCAUCUCCCUCUUCCUCUACCCUAUCAUCUCCAUGAUCACAUUGUCCACCACUCUUAUCGCUUGCUUCAGCUUCUUCUCCGAACCAAUGCUCAGUAAUCGCUUCAGUUUUCAUAUGAGCGACAACGACAAUAUUGCUCGUUAUACUGAUAUUUCGUUCUAUUUUGAUAGUGAUCGGGAGGUUAGCCCCCAAGCGAUUGGUGCAUCAGCAUGCAUUGAGCACCCUGUCUCCAAGUUUGACACUUUGGCUGGCAUUGCAAUCAAGUAUGGUGUUGAGGUUGCUGACAUCAGAAAGAUGAAUGGGCUUGUCACGGAUCGUCAAAUAUUCGCACUUAAAACCAUCAACAUUCCACUGCCUGGAAGGCACCCUCCAUCUCCUUGUUUAUCUUAUGAUGCAACCUCUCCAGGACAAGGUAACUCCAAUCCCCCUUGCACUGAUGCUGGCCACCUUGAGCUGUUUGAAUCAUUCCAUUCCUUGAAAGGCAAGCCUUCCGAGCCCAAGGUCUCGCAAGCAAUGAGCUCCUUACAAGGUUUCUAUGGACUUAAACCGGCCACUAAUUCCUCCGAAGACGAUUCCCACACGCCUAAGCGACCUCUGCACCAACACCGCAAAUCCAGAAGUUUGGUGGAUAUAAUCUUGGCAGAGGUCAUGGAAAAGGGGCAUGUUGAAGAGGCUGCACAAGUGAGGCAAGAAGGGGAGUUGGAGAAAUGGAAUGAUAAACUUAUCCGGAGGCGCCACACAUCCGAAGCUGACUUUAGUAGGAUACCUGAAUUGCUGUUGAAGGAGGAUAGCAGCAGCGCUUCUGUUGGUCCUCCGUCGAGAACAGGAAAGCGCUUGGCUCUGAGGCAGAAAGUGGGUAGCAGAAAUGCAUUAACAAGUGAUUCUGAAUCAAGUGGUAUCAUGAAAACAGGGGAUACUUCUGAGUGGUCAUCACCAUUAUCAUCUGGGGUGCGAAAAUCAUACAGCACACCGUGCUUUCAAGAUCAAGAUAACAGUUGCACCUCAUCCAUUUGGCCACCCUCAGUGUGGACCUUGAAACCAGAUUUACAGGUUCUACCGAAGCCUCGAAGAAAUAAAGCUGCACUUGACUGAAUUAUAUCAAUUUAUCAAACAAUUUUGAUCCCAUUUUCUGAGGUUAUGGAAUCAUUAGCUGCUGCAACCUAUCAGUGAAGGAGAAGAAAAAGAAAACCAAUAUGCCACAGGAAAUUACAUCAAUGUGUUGUUUAUUGUAACAGUGAGAAUGCAAUGCAAUGCAGGGUCAGGGGAUGAAAGGAAAGCAUUCCUUACCCUUGCAUAGUUGCAUUUGCCUUUAUAUUUUUCUUUGAUAUUUUUUAUUUUUUAUUUUUUAUGUAUAGAUUCAUGGUGUCACAAUCCAAAAUAAAAAUGGGAUACUGUAGGGGGUUUUGUUUCCCCUUGUUUCCUUAA